AUGCCGACUGAUGCCAAUAACCAAGAUGUGGACUCUGCCCGGCCUCCCGGAACAGUCCGGCUUGAAGAACUGUCACGACCCAGCGAAGCGGCCGAAGUUAUCCUGCAGCCAAAGCCUUCCAGUGACCCCAAUGACCCUCUGAACUGGCCGCUAUGGCGCAAAAAUCUGAACUUCGGGCUCGCCUGCUAUUAUGCUAUGAUGGUUCUUGCACUGAUCGACGUGGCUACAGUAACUUGGGGACCAGUGAACCAGGAGCUAGGCUUUAGCUAUGCGAUAUUAAACGAUAGUUACGCUGCCGGCUGCGCGGCCCUUUCUAUUGGAGCUAUUAUACUCGUGCCUUUCUCACUCAAAUACGGACGACGACCGGUCUAUAUCCUCAGCAGCGCCGCUCAAUGCGGGCUUUGUGUCUGGCUUGCUAGGAUGCAAAAUGUUGCAGACCUCAUGCUAAGCAAUAUUCUCACUUGCAUUAUUGGAGCCCUUUCGGAAGUAUUAGUGCAGAUGACGGUAGCAGAUGUCUAUUUUAUACAUCACCGAGGAACCGCGAACACUAUUUACUACUGGUGUAUAAAUCUGGGAGCGACGUUCUCGCCAUUAGCCGGCGGUUACAUUAUACCCUCUCAAGGCUGGCGUUGGGUCUGGUGGUGGAUGGUCAUCCUCCUCUUCGCCGGACUGGUCGUUUUCAUAUUCUGUUAUGAAGAAACGAUGUUUUCACGUCCGAUUCAUGGGGUAGCAGGACCUGACAAAAUUCAUCCUGAGCAACUAUUCCAUAAAAAGGGUCCCGAGAUGCCGCUGUCAGGUGCAGACGAGACGCAGGCGGUACAUGUGGAAUUAACAGUCGUCCGCAUCGAUACGUCGAUUCCGAAAAAGACAUACUGGCAGAAGCUAGCACUUUGGUCCACCUCACCAAUGUCGCUUAGUCAAAUGGCGAGGCAAACCUACCAGCCGCUUGUGAUCCUAUUCAGCUUCCCAGCGGUUGCCUUUAUGGCACUCGAGUACGGAAUGCUGAAUGCCUGUACCACGAUCACAGUAACGACAUACUCGUCGGUCAUGACGUUGCCUCCGUAUAAUUUUAAUCCGCAGCAGAUUGGCUUAAUGGGUAUACCCCUAUUCGUCGGCACCACACUAGGAGCUCUAGUUUGUGGACCGCUAAGCGACUCGCUUGUCCUCUACCUUGCUAAAAGACGGCAAGGCAUCUACGAGCCCGAGAUGCGACUUUGGCUCGCUCUCGUCUGCACCCCUCUCGUGCCCGCUGGCUUAUUUAUGUUUGGAAUCGGCCUGAAUCACCAGUCACACUGGUUGCUUCCCGCAUUCGGUCUGGGUAUUAGUUCAUUCGGUAUUGUCCCAGGAAGCAGUUCAGCGUUAACAUAUCUCACCGACGCCUACAUGGACAUAGUCCCCGACUUCAUGGUAGGUAUCACGUUCGUCAGUAAUCUGAUCUCCACGCUUUUCGUUUUCAUUCAAAACCCAUGGAGCCAAGCAACCGGCUUAGGUUGA